AUGGUGCCUGAAGCUGAGACCUCCGUGGAAUUUGAGGAGGCACUUGCAGUGCAACAAGCGUCGGUAGCAACAUUCAUGGACCCACAAAGGCUGGCAGAAGAACAACAGCAGGACCCCCUGUUGAAGAACAUCAGCAGGCACAUCAUACAUGGGUGUCUUCCUGAAGAGGAACAAGAGGCGAAGAGUACUCAGGGCCUGUCACAAGAAAGUGGAAUGGACACUGAUGGUGUCCUCUGGCAUGUUGGAGGUGAUGCGAAGGUACUAUGGGUCCCUCAGCAGCUUCGGUUAGAUGUACUUCGCCUCGGACAUGACCAUCCUCUUAGUGGCCACAUGGGGUAUUUCAAGACCUACAAACGAAUCAGAGAACAUCACUUUUGGUUGGGGAUGAGGGCCGACACCUCAAAAUAUGUGCGGGCCUGUGAGGUCUGUCAACGAAUGAAGCCCAAUCGACAGAACCCAAGGGCAUGA